AUGAAAUUUCCUAUUAUGGACGUUAUAUUCCAUGAAAAGCAAGAAGGCUCUCUUUGUGCUCAACAUUGCCUGAACUUCCUCUUACAAGGACCUUACUUUACAGCUGUUAAAUUAAGCACUUUGGCUCAAAAGUUAGACGAAGAGGAAAUAAAGAUGGCAGAAUCUGGGGAAGAAAGUGAAGAGUAUCACAAAUUUCUCCAACAGUCUUCAGGGAAUAUGGAUGAUGUUGGUUACUUUUCUGUACAAGUUAUAAGUAGUGCUUUCCAAGUUUGGGGUUUAGAAUUAGUGCCUUACUCUAGUACUGACAAAAGACUUCUUAGCGAUCCUAGUGACAUGACUGCAUCAUUUGCAAUUUCCGAGAUCACUGGUUUACAAUACGAAAAAUAG